UGGUGCUGCAGGUCGUGGUGGUGGUGGUGUGGGGAGUGAUUGUGGUGCUGCAGGUCGUGGUGGUGGUGUGUGGGGAGUGAUUGCGGUGCUGCUGGUCGUGGUGGUGGUGUGUGGGGAGCGGUCGAGUUGCGGUUAGCGCUGCGCUGCGAACCCAGAGACUCGAAUUCGAUUCCCACUCACGGUCAUGGGCCUCCCCUAGGUCGACGCAGCCUCAAAUGAGGACCUGGUGCGAUGUGCAAACAUCGCUUCUGGGGAGACAAAGGCAGCAGGGCGUGGUGUUGGCCACCCACCCAUGCUGACCUUCAUAGGUGCUCGCUAACAGCACUUGCCCCAGCAGUCUGUUACGACUACACGGGGUGGGGGGGCGUGAUCUUCGUCUUUGGUGAGGGAUGCUGUGUGCUCCUUAAUGUUUGCGCACGCAACCAAGGCCUCCAAGCUCGGCGGGCAGGACUCCCACGUGUGCGCCCUGGUGUGCUCCGGGGACAAGCAUGCGCUCUUCGUCUACUCGCUCAACCACACAUUGCCGGGGAGCAAGGCGCUGCGACUGGAGUGGCUGAUGCCGGUCGACGGCUCCUUCUCGCUCUCCGCUGAAGAGACUGGACCAAGGACGAAUAGAGCGAACACGAUGAAGGUGUCUUGCAGCAGUGGAGGGGAGGAGCUCGUACUAGAGAUGCCUGCGAACCUCGACACGGAGACCUUCUUAACUGAGACGGUGAAAGCCAUCGCAGUCCGCAAACAGGACAGCUGUGCUUCUCCCGUCGACGGCUUCCUCUGGGCGGCACCGUACCGCCAAAAAAUGGCGUGCGGCGCGGUGGCCGAGGCCGAUCUGCUCGGCCUGGGCUGCCCCCCCCCUCCUCCUCCCGCACCCUCACGUGCCGCCUCGUCCGCUGCGGCGCCCCUCAUCAUCGCGGACAACCUCAUGGACCUCGAAUCGCUGGAGUCGGUGUGGUCUGCCCGGCGGGACGCCACGGCGUCAGCGUCGAGGUCGUGGGGCCAGGAAGCCGACCUGCUGGGCUUGGGGAACACCCCGGCGGAGCCCCAUGCAGGGACGCAUUGCGGCUUCGAAGACAACUUUGCCGACAUGCUGUCGUCGACCAUGGGUCGGGGUCCGGGCAGUUUCGACAACGGGGCCGCUGAUGGUAGCGGCGGCGGGGCCGUCGCGUCGGCCCCACCGCGCCGCCGCCUCAUGAGCGACCCGCCGCCCUUGAUAUUCGACGAAGACGCGUUCGGCACGGGGCCGGUGCCGGAUCCGGUCGCCCGGAGCACCGGAGCGGCCGGGGGGAUGGGGCUCGCGGCCGAAGCGCCGAGGCCGGCGCCCAGGAAGCUGCCCCCGCCCAGGCCCCCCAAGCCCCCCGCGGCGGCCGCCGCCACCGGGGAGGGGGGGGAGCGCCGCCCCCCGCCCAGACCCCCGCCUCCGGUACCCGCGCGGCCCGUGCCCCGCAGCGUGGGGCAGGUCAUCCGGCAGGACAGCGAUGGGUCGGCGGCCCCCAUGUCGCCCCUCACCACCCUGCGUGCGCUGGGGCCCGAGCGCAUGUCGGUGCAGCGUGAGGCGCUCAUCCAGGAGAUUAUGCGGCGGCGCGCGCACGAGUUCACCACCAAGUGCACGCUCAGGUUCUUUAUCGGCACGUGGAACGUGAACGGCCAGAGUCCGUACAGCAGCACCCUGCACAGCUGGCUCAGCUGCGACGAGGAGGCGCCGGACAUCUACUACAUCGGGUUCCAGGAGCUGGAUUUGAGCAAGGAGGCGUUCCUGUUCAGCGACUCCCCGAGAGAGAAGGAGUGGGUACAGGCGGUCGUCAACGGCCUGCACAGCGGCGCAAGCUACAAGCAGGUGACGCUGGUGCGCCUCGUGGGGAUGAUGCUGCUCGUGUACGCGAAGGCGGCGCUGUGCCCGCACAUCCAGCAGGUGGUGACGGACACCGUGGGCACGGGCAUCAUGGGACGAAUGGGCAACAAGGGCGGCGUGGGCGUGUCGCUCAUGCUGCACGGCACCAGCGUCUGCGUCGUCAACUCCCACCUGGCGGCGCACACGGACGGCUGCGAGCGGCGCAACGAGGACUUCCGCGACGUGUGCGCUCGCAUGAGCUUCCAGAGGGACGACCCCGCACGGACCCUGCUCAACGUCUCGAACCACGAUGCCCUCAUCUGGCUCGGGGACCUCAACUACCGGAUCAACAACCUGCGCGCGGACGAGGUGAAGCACCUCAUCAACAACUGCGACUACAAGAAGCUGCAGGCCAACGACCAGCUAACGCAGCAGCAGCUGAAGAAGGCCGUGUUUGUGGAUUUCCGGGAGUCGGAGCUCAGCUUCCCUCCCACCUACAAGUACGACCCGGGCACUGACAACUGGGACACGAGUGAGAAGGGCCGUGCCCCAGCGUGGUGCGACCGCGUGCUGUGGCGUGGUGACGGUGUGGUGCCGCGUGCCUACCGCAGCCACCCGUCCCUGCGCACGAGCGACCACAAACCCGUGAGCGCGGCGCUGGACGUGACGGUGAACGUAAUAGACCAGCUGCGCUAUGGGAGCGUGCACGACGAGGUCAUCCGCCAGCUGGACCGCUUGGAGAAUGAGUUUCUGCCCUCGGUGCUGCUCAGCUGCGUGGAGUUCUCCUUCCCAGAGGUGAAGUUCCGGCAGCUCCGCACGGAGACGCUGCUGAUCCGCAACGACGGACAAGUGCCGUGCACCUUCGAGUUCGUGCCCAAGCUCAACGACACGGACUACUGCAAGCCCUGGCUCAGCGUGAAGCCCAACAAGGGCUUCAUCAUGAAAGGGGAGCAGGUGGCGGUGGCCAUCGAGGUCUACGUGAACCAGGAGAUGGCGUCGCUGCUGGGCGGCGGGCAGGGCCGCAGCCUGGAAGACAUCCUGGUGUUGCACCUGCAGGACGGCCGCGACCACUUCCUCAUCAUCACCGGCUCCUACACCGAGAGCUGCUUCGGCGCCUCGCUCUCGGCUCUGUGCCGCACUACGCAGCCCCUCGCCCUGGUGAACACGCACGACGUGGGGGAGCAGAGCAGUGCACAGGACAUUCCCAAGGAGAUGUGGAUCCUCGUGAACCACCUGUACCGCAAUGCGCUCACGCAGGAGGAUCUGUUCCAGCAGCCGGGCCUCACCGCCGAAAUGGAGGAGAUCCGAGAUUGCCUCGACACCGACAUCCCCGACACACUCCCUGGGAGCAACCACUCGGUGGCCGAGUCGCUGCUCAUGUUCCUGGAGGCGCUGGCCGAGCCCGUGGUGAGCUGCGAGCUCUACGCGCAGUGCCUCGCCAAGGCGAGCAGCGCCUCGCAGAGCAGCCAGGUGAUUCAGCAGCUGCCCCGCUGCCACCUGAACACGUUCCGCUAUCUCAUGGCGUUCCUCAGAGAGCUGCUCAAGCACUCGGAGGACAACGGGGUCGACCUAAAGUUGCUCGCGACGGUGUUCGGGGGCCUGCUGCUCAGGCCGCCGGGCAAGCGGCGGGUGCUGAAUUCCCAGGAGAAAGAGAAAGCCGCCGACUUCAUCUUCAACUUCCUGGUGGAGGCAGCCUCGGCCGACUGAGUCCCGGCUGGCAGCAGCUCGUUCGGGGGGGUGUCUCUCCGUAAGAACAUCGACGGGACCAGGGCUAUCAACUCUUUUUUGCCCGGAGGCCUCGCCCCCCCCACCCCCCCCAUCCCCCCCGCCCCCCUCGGUGGGGCCCACUGGCCCCGACGCAAAAUUUCGCCCCUCUUCGUCUGGCGCCUGGGCCUCUGCGCCCCCAUAGGCCCCUGGCGCAGUCGCAACCGCCUGCGUCGCCUGAUAACUAACGCCGCUUAAGCUUCCGAGACGCGUGCACGUGCGCGCGAGGAGAGAGAGAGAGAGACGCCGGGACCCGUUGGGUCUCCCAACCCUCUGGUGUCGACGCGGCAAGCAAUCCGCCGCCGCAUUGUGAAGACAUCCCGCUCGGGCUGUGCCUGCUGCAAUGGGCAGGUGCGGUUGCUCGCUCGGUGAAGCUGGUCCCAAAUCGACACCCGCUGACUUAACCGCUCGAGGUGACAUUUUUUUUUUCAAACAAUCGUUUAAAUACAAUCGAACGAUCGCCGUUUUGAUGUUGAUGUCGAGCGGCGGGCGGCGCUCCGGACGACGGUGCGAGAGUUCGAUUCCCGGUCGUGGCUAACAUCGGUGGCGACAUCCAAACCAGUCCUUCUAAACCCGUUCUGAGAUCCGUUUAUUAAUCGUGUUAAGGCCAUCCGUGUGGAUUCCACACGCAUAUAUAUAUACGUAUAACAUGUCACUGCACUGUUUGUAAAUAAUUCACAUUUUUAUUUUGCGUGUAUUGUAAUAUCAAUCUUAUCAAUAAUCAAAUCUGUUAAGUGAUCAACGAGCGGGGUAUCCAUACGUGAGCCGCUAUGAGGAUGAAACUGGCGCACUGUCGUCCAUCGCUGCAUCACGGCCACUGCUGCCAGCCGCUCGCAUCUCACCUCGGACAAGAGUGGGGGGGGGGGGGGGGAGCACCACGACGCAGUCCUUCGGGAGCUGCGGCGUCGGUUUUUUUCUUGUUGCUUGUGCACAAACGGCGGCGGGCACGCUUUUUCACAAUCAUCUCCGUGUUGUCUGUCGUUCGCUUGACGCUGCUCUGAGCCCCCUGUUGUGCGGUGCUUGCAUUGGGUUUGAACACCUCCUGGCAUUGUGUUUGUGUGUGUGUGUCUGUACACAUCCUGGCAUUGUGUUUGUGUGUGUCUGUACACCUCCUGGUGUGUGUGUGUACACCUUUUGGUGUGUGUGUGUGUGUCUGUCCACAUCCUGGCGUUUGUGUGUCUGUACACUUCCUGGCGUGUGUGUACACCUCCUGGCGCGUGUGUGCACACGUGCUGAUGUGUGUGUGGGUCUGUACACGCUACGCAUAGUUCCACGUACACACACAACAGAGUUAAGUCGUACACGAGUUGGAUUAGCAGUUCAAAUAAUACCAUUAUUUAUUUUUUUGCGGCAGCUUUCGCACAAACAGAAUGUCCCACAAAAAAGCGCGCUGCUGUACAAUCCGAGAUGACGUGAGAUUACAAACGAGGAACGAUGACUACUGAAAGAAAUAAACACGAUCGCUUAAAGGUGAAAUAAA